GCGCCGCGGCUGCCGCGCGCGUGCUGAGUCCGGAUAGGGCAGCGGCGCCUCGGGCCCAGCGGGCAUGGGUCAUGGCUCCGCUUUCUCUGCAGCUGGCGGUUCUCUACGCGGCACUCGGAGCGGCGCUGGCGGCCGCGGGCCUGAUACUGAUCUCCUUCGUUGCGUUCAUAACUGCAAGGGAAAUGCCUCCCCUCCAUCGGCACGAAAAGGAGAAGUUCUUCCUGAACGCCAAGGGGCACAAGGAGGCCCUGCCUGGCAUCGGGGACCCGCCCACCAAGCAGCUCUCUGUGGUCGUGCCUUCCUACAACGAGGAGAAGCGGUUGCCUGUGAUGAUGGAUGAAGCCCUGGGCUACCUGGAAGAGAGGCGGAGACGAGACCCCACCUUCACCUACGAGGUGAUCGUGGUGGACGACGGCAGCAAAGACCAGACUUCAAAGGUGGCCUUUGAAUACUGCCGGAGGCACGGGAGCGACAAGGUGCGCGUGAUCACGCUGGCGAAGAACCGGGGGAAAGGCGGUGCCGUGAAAAUGGGCGUUUUCAGUUCUCGAGGAGAAAAGAUCCUCAUGGCAGAUGCUGACGGAGCCACAAGGUUUGCAGACGUCGAGAAACUCGAACAGGGACUUGACGGUCUACAGCCUUGGCCGGUGGAGGGCGGCGCCGAGCCCUGUUCUGCUGUCCCCACAGCCUGGGAGCUGGAGGUCCGGCCCGGCUUGUGCAUCCAGGAGCACCCUCCCUGUUCUGCAGCCGCGUGGCUGGCCUUGCGGGAGGACAGCCAGUUACCCGCCCCGGACGACACAGGUGUCGGCCGCACAGAGGAGGUCGGCCGGCCGGGAGAGCUGCCAGCCAGGCCGCCCGGUCGGAGGAGGGGCGUGUCAGUGUUGCUGGUAAUGGUUCCCGGCUGCCUUCCCACUUGGGGUGGAAUGGCCGUGGCCUGCGGAUCUCGGGCUCACUUGCAGGAGGAGUCGGUCGCUCAGCGCUCGUACUUCCGCACCCUGCUCAUGUACGGCUUCCACUUCCUGGUGUGGUUCCUCUGCGUCCGCGGGAUCCGGGACACGCAGUGCGGGUUCAAGCUGCUCACUCGGGAGGCGGCGACCCGGACCUUCUCCUCGCUGCACGUGGAGCGCUGGGCGUUCGACGUGGAGCUGCUGUAUAUAGCGCAGCGCUUCAGGAUCCCCGUAGCCGAGGUCGCCGUGGCCUGGACUGAGGUCGAAGGUUCCAAACUGGUCCCGUUUUGGAGCUGGCUGCAGAUGGGCAGGGACCUGCUUCUCAUCCGCCUGCGGUACGCCACCGGGGCCUGGCGGCUGGGGCGGGCCGGGGAGGCGGAUUAGCGCGGUGCCGUCACGCUGUGCUGUGUCCUGGCGUUUUCCGUUGGAAUUAAAAUUUUUCGUAAAGUUAGGAUGAACCUC